UUCAAUCAAUAUCUGGUCACAAGAAACUCACACUGCUUUCACUGUUUUCUUGCAGGUUUGUCCCAUAUGCUCCAUAAAAGUUGUGAGUGACAUGUUAAGUCAUAUCACUCUGCAACAUGGACAUUUAUUCAAGAUGCAGAGACGUCGCAGAUUACGUAGAGUUGCGAUUCCCAACAGUCAGGCACUUUCUCUCUUGGGAAGGGAUCUUCGUGAGGCGCAUCUGCAGGUUCUUUUAGGAGGUAGUGGAUAUCGAUCAAGCAAUGCAAAUUCAUCUAAUGCAGUUACUGAUCCAUUCCUUUCCUCUCUUAUUUUGAAUUUCCCUUCAUCUAAAUCAAAAGACAUUUUGAAAUCCGUGUUAUCCAGUGCUGAUGACAGUUCCGUUAAGAGUGUGACAUCAUCGCAUAUAUGGAAAGCAAGUUUUGAUCCAUCAUUGAGUUAUGAAGAGAGGGAAAAAAGGAAGAGACAGGCUGCCGAAAGAGCUGUUUUUCUCCAGAAUCUGCUAGUCUCAACUCUGGCAUAUCGGACUGCACUUUGCAAGUCAAAGAGGGAGGGUUUCAAGGAUACUUAUCCUGAUGAUUUACUCGCACCUGUUCUGAGGGCAUUGAUAGAGAGAACAAAUCUGAAUCCAAGUGAAGUUGGAGAUGUUGUGGGCACGGCAGUUGCUGAUGUAGCUGCAGCUAUUAAAGCUGGAUUUUAUGAUAUUGGUAUUGGUGCUGGGUUGGAAUCCAUGACAGCAAACCCAAUGGCAUGGGAAGGAUCAGUCAAUCCAAGAGUGCUGGUCAGAUCUUCCUAUAUUUACAUCAGGUCAAGACAAUGGCACAACACCAAGAUUGCCUACUCCCAACGGGUGUUACUUCCAUAGGCUUCCAGACCAGUGAAGAUUACAGAUUCUAUGCUAUAUCAACUGGGUUCAGUGAAUUUAGUAACAAGGACAAGACAUUAAAUUAAAUCAAAACUCAUGGGGUUUGUCUUAAUGUUUUUCUUGUUAUUUUUUGGCGAAUGUUAAAACAUAAUUUGUGGAUAUGCUAUUUUGUAGUUAAUGGUAAUUGUAUACUAAAUUGAAUGGGAAAGUGAAUUAAUGCUGUA